CUCCAACAUCCGGUUGUCAUGGCAUCAUCAAAGCUGCUGUUCUUUAUUGUCCUGCUCCUUACUCUCCUCUGCUCCAUGGUUGCCUACAGCCGUGGGGCCUGUGCAGAGCCGGACUCUGACACGGAGGCGGUGGCUGGCAAGGGCUUCAAACUAGGCUGCCUCUCCUGCAAGAGGAGGAGCGAGGUGGAGGGGUCCGCCACCGUCGAAUGGUACUUCAGGGGGAAAGGAGAGGCUGACUUUGUUCGUAUCUACACCUACAGCGAGGAAGGCCCAAACAUCGAGAGCGACAACUUCAUGGAUCGCGUUGAUUGGAACGGAAGUAAGAGGAGCCACGACAUCCAGGACGCAUCCAUCUACCUGCUCAACGUCACCUUCAAUGACUCGGGCACCUACCAAUGCUUCUUCAACCGCAUCCUCUUCUACGCCAACUACGAGUACAGCACCGUCGUCAGCAAGGUGGUCCACCUCACCGUGGUCGCCAAAGCCACCAGAGGGACAGCGUCCAUCGUGUCCGAGGUCAUGAUGUACGUGUCAAUCAUUGGCCUGCAGGUCUGGCUCCUCAUAGAGAUGAUAUACUGCUAUAGGAAAAUAUCAGCAGCCGGGGAAGAAGCAUUACGAGAAGCAGCAAAUGCUGAAUAUUUAGCCAUAGCCUCGGAAAGUAAAGAUAACUGUGCAGGGGUGCAGGUUGGAGAAUAGCACAGCUUCUCUCGCUGACUGAAAACAUCCUUCCAACCUUUGACCUGCAUGUAGACAACAUUGUGGGGAAAACUCCUCAUGUCGAGCCUCUAUUUUCCCUUUUCCUCGACAAAGACCACACAUGGUGUGAUGUACAAAGAGAGCAUGGUACCAGCACUGUAUAUAGUCUCCUGCGCCGCUAAAGCACGUUCUGCAAUUAUUCGAGGAACCCAUUAUGCAUUAAUGAGCCACAUUGUCAACAGCAUAAACUGUACAUACAAUAUUUCUUUAAGUAUAUGUCGUCACACAUUUAAACAAACGUAAGUGGUACUAUGGGCGUCUCUUGGACUCAACAAGGCUGAUUGUCAAAGAAAGCUUUAUACUAAAUCAUCACCACCUAAUGUAUAAAUAAUGCGACACACAUGUAUGGAAAUUUAUUUAAAAAAAUAAUAGAAUGUGAUGGCCUAUGAUAGACUGUCUUUCCAGUUGCUGGUUGUACAUUCAAUGAAAUCUUAAUAUGUAACAAUAAAAACUGAAAAAAGUACACUUGA